CGGGGGAGAGAGCGCGCGGCGCGCCACAGCCUUUUCCGGGACCAUGUGGAGAAUCGUCGAGCACCUGCACAGCUCUGAGCUCGUGGCCCAGUUCCAACGGGCAUGCGGGCUGUUCCCCGUGACAGCUACCGAGAAAACCCCUGCCCGCGACGAGAGCGAGCCCCCGCCAUCGAACGGACACGUCGGCCUUGUCGUUAACAGACACCAGAGUCGGAGGAGUGAAGAGAACAGCUCGAAGCCGAACCAAGGCACGAGACAACAGGACAACAACUCAAACUACACGUGCACGAAAAACGAUGGCGCACCAGACUAUGUGUCUAGGCGUCCUGUUCUCCACCUGUUGUUUCUGUGUUCGUCUGCGCUGGGUAGCGAGCUCCUCUACAUCUCCCUGGUGCCCUGCAUACAGUGGAGCAUCGACCCCUUCCUAUGCAGACGACUAGUUAACAUGUGGGCCGUGGUGAUGUAUAUCGGCCAGGUACUGAAGGAUGUGCUGAAGCUGCCGCGCCCUCUAUCGCCCCCUGUGGUGAAACUGGAGAAGCGUGUGGACGCAGAGUACGGACUCCCCUCCACACACGCCAUGGCAGCCAUCGGCAUCACAUACACACUGCUGCUCAGCGCACCACAGAGGAUACAGUUCCAGUGGGGUGUGGGUGUGUUCGUGGCCACUUUGCUGUCAUCGCUGGUGUGUUUGAGCCGCAUCUACACGGGAAUGCACUCGGCCCUGGACGUCAUCUGUGGCGCUCUCCUCUCGGCGGCCAUCUUGGUGGUGAGCUACCCGGCGUGGGCCUGGUUCGACUGGGUGCAGCUGCACUGGGCCUACACCCCCGUGCCGGCGUUGGUCCUGCCCGCCGUGCUGAGCGGGUUGUACCCCGAGCUGGACCACUACAGCCCCACGCGGGGGGACACCGCCACCAUCAUGGGCGUGGCCUCGGGCUGCUGGCUCGGCUAUUGGCUGAACGAGCGUGUGGGGUGGAGCUUCGAGCCCGUCCACCUCCCGAUGCCCUUCCCCCCCCUCACCCCCGCGGCCUGCCUCAGGGGCGUGUCCCGCGCCGCCGUGGGUCUUCCCGCGCUGCUAUUGGCCCGGCAGGUGAUGCGGCGCGCCAGCCUGGAGGUGCUAUGCCGUUACUAUGGCGCGUCGCCUAGCGACCAGCAGGCACGGCGGCGCAGGGCCAUCGAGGUGCCCAGCAAGUUUGUCACCUACGCCGCCGUGGGAGUUACCAACUCUCUCGUCGUCAACAGACUGUUAGUACUAGUUGGCGUUCUGUGACCGGAGUGUGUGUGUGUGUGUGUGUGUGUGUGUGUGUGUGUGUG